GGGAGUCGCUUCGUUCGCGUUCCUGGUCCGCUUCGAGGACUCCGCCGCCUCUCCCCGGGAUUCUCGCGACCGAGCCGAAGAGGGACGCGUCGAGCAUGCGCGGAGACCGGGGCGCCCGGGCGAAGUGGACCCGCGGCUGCCGGCCGCGUCGAUAACGGGGCAUGCGCGCUGCGAGGGACGUCCCGGAGCGUGCUGAUCCCUCGCGGGCGGCGCGGCCGCGGCCACGCUGGCCGCUUGACAGCUGUCAGUCGGCGAGGUGACAGCUGCCAAGAAGUGACCGGCCCACCCCCCACCAGCACAGUGACGCCAAUCACAGUGUAGUGCGCGGGUUUGCCCCACUAAAAAUAACUCCAAGUGCUCCGUCGCUGUCAACUUGACAGCCUCUGUCCCCCGCUGUCAAAGUUACCCAUAGCGGUCCGUGAAUCGGUGCCCCCCAGGAGGCAUGCCUGGCGAGGGGGACGCUCCAUUACGCGCCCUCCUAGGCAAGCCUCUUGACAGCUGUCAACUCGCGAGGUGACAGAUGCCAACAGCUGCUCCGAAGCGCCGAUCAUUUGGACACUCGAGAAGAGGUCCACUUGCUGCGUCUUCGGGGAGUUUCGCGACGAGGGAGGAGAAUCUCUACCCUGGGCGGGCCAGAAGGAGACGGAGACUGUCCGGGAGGCCGCAGUCGUGGAUUUCGAUGUCCUGGGCACGAUGGCAGGGGGGGCGCUGUCGGACGAUGCCCCGAGGCCCGUCAGCAUAGUGCAGGUCGACGGCGCCGUCGUCCUCGAGGACUGCCAAGAUGGCGGCCAGGGGAACCAAGAUGGCCGCCAGGCCGAGGGCAACCAAGGUAGCCGCGGUGCGCGCGCAGAGGGCAACCAAGGUGGCCGCCAGACGCGCUCCUUCGCCUCGGCGGAGGCCCAGACCGAGGCGCCGACCACGCCGCCUACCGUCGACCCCGAGGAGGCGCGCACCGCCAGGAGGCGCGACCGCAGACCACGCAGACACCAUAGACGCGCCCUGAGGAGCUGCUCCGUGCCCCCGACCUACUUCGGAGGGGCCUGCGUGGGCGGCGGCGCCCCUGCCGUCCCCCUCGUCCCUCCGGUCGGCGGCUUCCUGCACCCCCCGCCGCCCCACCUCGGACUCAGGGGACUCAGCCUGGGACUGCCCUUUCCUGUGCCCGCCAGCGUCUCCGCCUUCGGCAGGGACGCAGUGCCGAAGCAGUGCUGCGGCCUGGGGUCGCCACCGGUACGCUGGUCCAUCCUUGGGGUCGGCAUCGGGGGCCUCGUCUGUGCAGGGGCCGGCGCCCUCCUCGGCGCCCUCAGGGCGACCGGCAGGGACCACAUCGCUGUCGCCCUCCUCAUGAUCGGUAUCGGCGUGGUCUUGGUGACGGUGAGCGCCGUGGCAUGGCGAGUAACCAGCAGGGAGAAUUGCGGCUUCUUCGGCUUAACUGGGAUCUCCACCAGGAUACCUCCUGCCAGACCCAUGCACCCAUACGCCGCCAUGAUUUACCCGGAGUUCCAGUUCAGGACGCCGCCGCCUAGUUACCAGGCCAGCAUGCAGGAGUACAGGCUGAGGCUGCUGCUGCUGGACCGACUGCAGCCGACCUCAUCGCCGCCGCCGACGUACAGGUCGAAUGCAGGGAGCGUUGUGGCUCCGGGGACGACGAGGGAAAGUAGACCUCCAAGUUAUUGCGGCAGGACCAACGUUGCUCCCUGUGCGGGAUUGGCGCCUUCGAAGAAGGACGCGAACCUCGUGCGAAUCGUACAGACCGAGUCCGAGCCCGUUAUUCUGAACGGGAACCAAACUCCUCCCGUGACCGUGGUCGAGGUGCUCGCCCACCUCUAGCCGCGUACGGGGAAACGCGUGUUCCGGAGAUGCCGGUGGUGGUACCUGUCGGCUCGUCGUGAUUGGCUGCCGAGCGAUGCGCAGAAACCUGCGCGAGAAGAAGAGGAUGCGCGAGUGCGCCUUGUCUUCCGCCAUAUUUGUACUGACUCGCGACUUAAGAGGUUAUGCGAGAUGCAGUUGUUGAACGUUUAUUUAUUGCAAACGGUGAAUUGUUUGGCGAGAUGCGACCGGAGACAAGAAUUGCGCAGUUCUGACCACAACCACAGGAUCCUUUUGUACCUUUCUAGGUUAUGUCGAUCUUCGAUGUUAACCUUGAAAUACGACCGGAACCGGCUGUCAAAGGACCGAUGAACUCUCGAAAUUUUCUCGCUUUCUGCGUGAGAAUGUGACUGUUCGAAGAAUUUCAAUGUGUUGAAAAUUAUUGGGACUGUGAGGUUAUGUAUAGGUUAGUAGAGAAAUUCUGCUGGGCCUAGACUGGGUUCUUGUCUUCGGUGAGCCACACGAGUUGUGAGUGAACGUGGCUUGUGUAUUUUGCAGACUGCGCAGAUAUUAAGCAUUGAUGUACAAGUACUGGUAUUUUUGUAAGCUGAGGGCCAACGUCUUGGUAUUGGCUCGCAGUCCUGCUGACUGCGAGUGGUAAUAAUACUUCCGAACGUGCUCCACGUGUGAAACCAAACUCGCAAUGAUUCGUGAUUAGACACGUAGUUCCUUAAUACGGUAGAAGAAAACUUGUAUAAUGAGAAUUAAUAAAGUAUAUUUAUCUGAUUA